AUGGCCAAGCAGAAGAUUACUGUCAAGGUCAAGGGGAAGUCCGUCUCCUACGAAGGCCACCCCGAGCGUCGACCAAGGGACUUGAUGGACAUCCUGAUCAAGAUGGCUGUUUCCGAGAGUGCCGUUGUGGCCACCUUCCGCGAAAACAUUGACAACCACAAUGACUUUUCCGACGAGCAGGUGAUGUCGAUGUUUAAGGAAGCGAAGAUGGCGCGCGAGAAGAAGGAACGUUCGAAGGGCGGCAGCAGCUCGGCUGAAGCAGCCGCCCCCGCCUCUGCGCCGGCGGCUUCCACCGAAGAGAAGCCGCAGAAGAUCAUACUAACCUACUGCGGAAAGCAGCUUUCCUACCAAGGUGUGCCCAGCGGCAAGCGUAGUGCCGUGCUGCAACUCCUCUCCAAGCAGCCUGAUGUCACUCAACCGAUUGCGGUGGAGACGUUCCGUACGAACCUGCCCGACGAGACGGCCUCGGACGACGAAAUCUGGCGCUUGGUGGAGAUGCUCAAGGAGAGGAGAAAAGCGAAGGGCCAAUCGAAGUCAGGUGCGGGCGAGUCGGGCAGCGGGAAUGCAAACCACGCUGCCGUCGAAGACUUAGUUGGCAUGUCCGAUAAGGAGCGCAACGACCUGAACGACUUUAUUCGCCAGGUGUUGGGGCAGCCGACGGUGGAUGCGGGCUCCUUAUUCCCUAACGAUUCCAGAGGGCGCAACGACGGGGCCGAAAGUCCCGAGAGGAUAGGGACAGCGCGCAAGUCGGGCAAGGUUACGGUGUAUCUGCAGGAGGGGACUACCAACGCUACGAAGCUCAUCUCCGCCACGCUAGGCAUGUCUUUUUCGGAGUUUUCUUCUAUUGUCGAUAAGAAGUUUGGCCAUCAUAUGUUGUUAUCCUUCUGCGACGGUGACGACGUCUUAGAGGUGGACGACGACGACGUGCUGAACCUGUACUUCGAAAAAGUUGUCGAGGGAGACGCGAAGAAGGAGCGCCUGAUUUGCACUAACCCUGAAGACGCCGCAAAGGAUGGGGAUGAUCAGUUGCAGGACGCCCGCCUGCAGAGUGCCUACGGCGCGCAGGUUGUGGCGACCCAGGCAAAGGUGUACUCGAACGGCGAGCUCACCGUCACGGAGGACCGCACCUACACCGGCCACACCCUUGCCGUUUACUGCUGCUGCUUCUCACCCAGGGGCGACAUGUUCCUCACGGCAAGCCGCGACCGCACCGUCCGCCUAUGGAACGUGCGCACUGGCGGCUGCACGUUGAUGAAGGGCGGGCACAACGGCUUCGUGCUGUCCUGCGACUUCUCCCCAAAGGGCAACCGCGUCGUUUCCUCCUCUGAUGACCGCACUAUCAAACUGUGGAGCACGUCAUCGUGCAACAAGGUUGCCACAUUCAAAGGGCACGAAGACAAGGUGUACUGCGUCAAGUACAACCCUAGCGGCGACUACAUCGUGUCUGGCUCCUGCGACAACACGGUACGCGUGUGGAAUGCCGAGUCGCAGUCAAAGCUGGCGACGCUGAAGGGCCACAGCCUCGCCGUUUUUUCGUGCGCCUUCAGUAACACCGAUAAUGGCAAGUACGUCGUGUCUGGCAGCGAUGAUCGCACCAUCAAGGUCUGGGACUGGGGUUCAGGCAGGGAUCUCAAGACGCUGGUCGGCCACAUCGGUACCGUGUGGUCGGUCGUCUUCUCCCACAACGACAAGUACAUUGUCAGCGGCAGCAUGGACUACGAGCUUAUCCUCUGGGAUACGGCAACCGGCUCGCGCCUGCGCUCGAUGGACGGGCACAAGACGUCGGUGCACCACGCCAUCUUUUCGGAGGACGACAAAUACAUCUUCUCCUGCUCCCGCGACUGGAGCGUCAUGGUGUGGCGUACAUGUGAUGGUGAGCACGUAGAAACCAUCAUGGGCCACCUCAGCACUGUCUACCACAUGGACAUCAAGAACAACAAGCUGCUCACCUCCUCCCUUGAUGACAAGGUCAAGGUGUGGACGAUCAAAUACAAUUAA